AGGAGAUGACCAGAGACUGCGGACACGGUACAGGAGAUGACCAGAGACUGCAGACACAGUACAGGGAUGACCAGAGACUGCAGACAGUACAGGGAUGACCAGAGACUGUGGACACAGUACAGGGAUGACCAGAGACUGCGGACACAGUACAGGGAUGACCAGAGACUGCAGACACAGUACAGGAGAUGACCAGAGACUGCGGACACAGUACAGGAGAUGACCAGAGACUGCAGACACAGUACAGGAGAUGACCAGAGACUGCGACACAGUACAGGGGAUGACCAGAGACUGCGGACAGUACAGGGAUGACCAGAGACUGCGGACACAGUACAGGGAUGACCAGAGACUGCGGACACAGUACAGGGAUGACCAGAGACUGCAGACACAGUACAGGGAUGACCAGAGACUGCGGACACAGUACAGGAGAUGACCAGAGACUGCAGACACAGUACAGG